CUUGGAGGUGUUGACACAUCGUACCCUCGAUCGCUCUAAGUUAACAAAAACCAUUACUUAAUAUUUAUGGUUUGAUUUCUUAUCGUGUUUUCAUUUGAAUCGAUUUUGCUGAUGUUCACCAUAUUUGGCCGUGGGUUUUUGCUUUCGAGUCAGUAUGCAGAGCCUUGAUUGAGUUGAUGUUUCCCCAAACUCAGAUUCUUCCGGAGGAUCCCACCCUAGAGAGACACUUCAAGGGGCAUAAAGAUGCUGUCACCUGUGCAGACUUCAGUCCAAACCGCAAACAACUGGCCUCGGGGUCAGUGGAUAAGAACCUGAUGAUCUGGAAUCUGGCUCCCAAGGCAAGGGCCUUCCGCUUUGUGGGCCACCAAGAUGUCAUCACCGGGGUGCAGUUCUCGCCGUCUGGUAACCUGGUGGCGACGUCCUCCAAGGACAGAACAGUCCGACUGUGGACACCUUCCAUGAAAGGAGAAUCGACGGUGUUCAAAGCUCACACCGCCAGCGUACGCAGCGUUGCUUUCUCCCACGACGGCCAGAGACUGGUGACAGCGUCCGAUGACAAGUCGGUCAAGGUGUGGAGUGUUCACCGACAGUGCUUCGUCUAUUCCCUCAACCAGCACACGAACUGGGUGCGCUGUGCCAGAUUUUCUCCAGAUGGGCGGCUCAUAGCUUCCUGUGGGGACGACCGUUCCGUCCGGCUUUGGGACACAUCAACCAAACAAUGCAUCAACUCUUUCACUGACUAUGGAGGAUCAGCAACGUUUGUCGAUUUCAACGCCAGCGGCACCUGUAUUGCUUCCUCAGGAGCUGACAGUUCACUGAAAAUCUGGGAUCUACGGACCAACAAGCUGAUUCAGCAUUACCAGGUCCACAGUGCAGGAAUCAAUAGCUUUUCCUUCCACCCGUCCAACAACUACCUGAUCAGUGGUUCAAGUGACAGCACUGUUAAGAUCCUGGACCUGCUGGAGGGUCGCCUCAUCUACACCCUCCAUGGACACAAGGGUGCUGUAAUCACAGUGGCCUUUUCCAGGGCUGGAGAUCUCUUUGCCUCAGGUGGAGCUGAUGGUCAGGUGCUGAUGUGGAGGACAAACUUUGACACCAGAUCCUACCAGGGUGUCCUGCAACAACACAACCGGAGGUCCACCCCUGAUCCCCCACCCCACCUGUCUGACAUCCACCCCAAAGGACCCCAUCUUCAUCACCCAAAGUCCACAGCCAUUCAGAUCAGCCCAACAGUGGCGGACACUCAGUCAACUGACCCGCAUGUCAUAGAACUGGGCCAAGCUGUUCACAGCUCCAUGCUCUUGAACGGUCGGAUACACUUGACGCCCACUGGGGCCGCCAACAACAGUCACCUCUCCAACAGUUCGCCGGUGCGUCGUGUCACCAGUUCAAGGGUGGAAGGAUGGAGGGGAGACAAGAGCGCCGGUAGGGCAGGUUCAACUGCUGGGCGCGAGACUGGGGCUGGCGGGGGAGGAAGAGGAAGGAGGGUUGAAGAGGAGGAGGAGGAGGAGAGAGGGGAGACGCACCCAGUGGAAGUUCUCUCCGGUCAUUCAUCCAGUCUGGACUCUACCCUGGGGCACAUUGUUCAACAGUUGGAUAUUCUCACACAGACUGUUUCAGUGCUGGAGGAGCGUCUCACCCUGACCGAGGACAAGCUGACGGAGUGUCUCCUCCACCAGUCCAAGAUUCUCAAGGACAUGCGAGCAUCAGGAGAGGGGUGGAGGACGGAGAGCGAGGAGACGGAUGGAUGACCUGUCCCUUUCACUUGAGGCUGACCUCGCCCUCUCUCAGACUGCAGCACAAACGCAGACCGAGCAGUACUGCUUAACCAACACUGCAGGACAUGGGUGUGUGUGUGUGUGUGUGUGUGUGAUAGUAAAUAUCCACCAUGGUGGUCUUUCUCAGGGGUCAGAGGGUUAAUCAGGAUGUGGCCGGAGGCUGAAGUGAGUUUAUGUGUGUGUGUGAGUGUAAUACCAACAUAUUUUCUCCAUGUCUUUCUUCACCUCUUUAGAAUAUCUAGCUGUACAGCCAAGCAGACAUUCCAGUUGUGUGUGUGUGUGUGUGUGUUGAUAUGGAUGUUACAUCCAAUACGGACAGCUGCAGCUAUGAAAACAGACGGUGCUUGUCUGCUGCAUGACCUCUGUGUGUGUGUGUGUGUGUGUGAGUGUGAGUGUGAGCGUGCGUGUGUGUGUAUAUUUGUCUAUUAGCACGUAUUUUAGCAGUCGGUUGCUUCUGCAGUAACGUUUUUCCAUUCUACCCUGUUUGCAUCUCUGCAUGAUGCCGCGUGACGUUAAAACAGAGUCGUGCUACAUAGUGACUCAAGUACACCUCCUCAUUUAAAUGUAAUUUAUAUGAA